GGGUCCAUAUUUUUGUAGGCCGAAUGACAGUCAGCAUGCGUAAGAUGCCUAAAUCGGCCCGGCCCAAGAAACAUGACGCGUAGUUGGGCUAUCUUUUCUCGGGUCCACAGUAAAUCGUCCCCAACGCAGCCGUCGUCUUCUUCCCCACUCUUCGACGGCUGCCCCAAAUGCGUCACCUCCUCCGCGCGCGCUCCUCCGCUUCCCGCCUCUUCUCCGCGCUCGCCGCGUGCGCGAAGGCGCCUCCGCGAUCCGGCGCGGUGUACGGGUUUGGCGACAACAGCCAUGGAGCGGUGGGCCAGCCUGCGCCGGCUGCCGACGUGUACGUCCCCACGCCCGUGCCCUCCCUCCCGCCGUCCGUCGCCGCGGUCGCAGCCGGUCACUACCACUCCCUCGCCGUAUCCGCAGUCGGGGAGGUCUGGGCAUGGGGGCGCAACGAAGAAGGCCAGCUCGGCCGCGGUCUCAACGCCCCGAGGAAUACUUGGAGCAAACCAGAGCAGGUGAGAGGAUUGGAGAAUGUUCAAGUUCGAUCUGUAUCUGCUUCAGGUGUUGUUUCGGCAGCAAUUGGGUGCGAUGGCUCUUUAUGGGUUUGGGGGAGAUCAAAGCGUGGCCAACUUGGCCUUGGCAAGGACAUUGUGGAGGCUACAGUGCCUUGUAGAGUGCAGGCACUUGCUAGCUAUGAUGUUGUUAAGGUAUCGUUUGGAUGGGGCCAUGCCAUGGCAUUGACAAAGGAUGGAGGGCUAUUUGGUUGGGGUUAUUCAGAAAAUGGAAGGCUGGGAGUAAUGGGCCGAAGUACCCAGGCUCCUUCUCCCCAAGAAUACAUUGGCAAAAUGGGGGAUAAGUAUUCUAGUUCAAUGAUGGAUGCUGUUGAGAAGAUGGUUGCAGAAAAAAUUCGAAGUGAAGAUAAUAUGCCCAUCAUCUGGGAACCUUCUCUUGUUCAUGAAGUGUGUCAUCUUGAGGUAUCUGAUGUGUCCUGUGGGCUUGAUCAUUCCCUGGUUCUCUGCUCUAAUUGCACUGUACUGAGUGGUGGAGACAACACUUAUGGACAACUUGGUAGGAAGGCAGGCUUGCCCAAAUUACUUCCUGUCGACAUAAGCUGCAGCCCAUUCUCCGUGUCAGCAAGUGCUGGCCACUCUCUUGCACUAUGCCAUACAAGCACUGACAAUGUUGAAACUCGUGUGCUCUCAUGGGGAUGGAACUGCAGCUCCCAGCUUGGCCGACCUGGCCAAGAGGACAUCCCAGCACUAAUUGACUAUCUGGUUGGUGAGAAGCCAGUAUCAGCUGCUGCUGGUCGAGUUCAUUCUGUGGUUCUCAUGUCUAACGGAGAAGCUUGGGCAUGGGGAUCUGGCCGAAAUGGUAGGCUAGGUUUGGGAAGCUCAAUGGAUGAGGCAGAGCCUUGUCUCAUCGAUACCCUGGAAGGAGUAGAGGUCUUACAAGUUGCCACGGGGAUGGACCAUAAUCUUAUCUUGGUUAAUGAGUAGGCUGGGCUGCUUCUUUGUGGAAAGAUAUUGAUUCUUGCAUCAGCCACUGGAAUGCUUUGCCAUCAACAGGUUGGGAUCUUUAAACAUAGUUAUGAACUUAUAAUGCUUGCUACACAGAGCUUGUGAAAUUGGGUCUGACGGUCUGUCACCUUGCACUUUCAGGUAAUAUUUCCUGUUUGUAUGCUUUCCCACCACUGUCAACAAUUGCGUUUGAAGUCAGUUUGACAGAGUUUUUUCUUCUUGAAGGGGAAAUGUUGAGAUAGUUAACAGAAAAGCAUGGUGUGAAAAGGUUGCACAGUUCUUCGUCAAGUACAAGCCCAAUGUGCAUUCUGAGAUUUUCUCUUGUGUAAUUCUGUAACUUUUUUUUCCUUUGUACAUGCCUUACCGUAUGGUUGCGAAUGUUUUACUUCGCUACCAUCUUGGCAUCUCCAUUGGAGUAGUAAGAGUAGUACCAUCGGGUUGUGCAAGAUAUCUAACCUUGUCAUUGUUGUAGAUUUAAAAGCUUUAUACAAGCAAACUCUUAGAUGUCCAGAAAUUGUGAUUUGAAUCCUGUAAUGAGCAUUGCCAUGCCAUAACAACAUUUUCUUUAAAUUGUGGUGCUGCACUUUACUGAAAGAGA